UUCUCGUAUUACAGACAUUUCGUGUGAAAAAUGAAAACAAAGCGAGGAAAUUAAAUUGAGGUCUGUAUAUUAGUAGAUCGGAUGUCUUCCUACGCAUGUAUCCAGUAAUACUCACGUGACAAAGAUGAGUUAAGUAGGUUGAGAAGUAAUUAGUAUUUUUUGUUCAUUUAUCUAAGCCAUUCAUUUAAUUAAGGAGUGUGAUGAUAUCACCCCGUGGACUGAACACAACAUGUAUUUAAAUGGUUUGGAGCGAGUCCAAUGUACGCAUGUGAAUACUGUUUAAGUGCUGUGAAGUUCUCAGAGGGCGUAGCUUAAAAUGUUUUUAAUUUUAACGAUUUUACUUACAUUUAUUUCAAAAUCAGUGACUUGUGAGGAACUUAAUCCAUACUUAGAGGCUUUAAGUCAUAAGCCAUGGAAAAGUAUUCAAAGCUAUAUCGAGGUUCGCCCCGGAGCCUUUCUCUUCUACUGGUUCUAUUACGCUGAUGGUUCUGUGAAUGGAGCUAGAGAGAAGCCUCUUAUAAUAUGGAUACAAGGCGGUCCAGGAUUAGCGGCUAGUGGAAUAGCAAAUUUUGCAGAAAUCGGACCGUUGAAUAUGAAUAUGCAACCUAGAAAUCAUACUUGGGUUAAGGGUAACAAUUUGUUACUAAUAGAUCAUCCAGUAGGGACUGGCUUUAGUUAUGCUUCAAAUAAAUCUCUAUACGUUCGGACCGAUAAAGGUGCCGCCAGAGAUCUUCUGAGAGCAAUAAAAGAAUUUUUUAAACGUCACAAGGAGUUUCGCAAGACACCAACUUAUUUAAUCGGACAAAGUUAUGGAGGUAAAUUGUGUCCGAGGUUGGGAUAUUAUUUGUAUACGGCUAUGAAGAAUAAACGUUUAAAGAUGAAUUUUAAAGGCAUCGGAAUUGGCAGCGGAUGGGUUGAUCCAAAACAAAGCUCUUUAGUGCAACCGGAAUUUUUAUAUAAUAUGGGUGUAAUCGACUUAUCAACUUUCGUGAAAUCAAAGAAGAUUGUAAAGCAAAUGUGUGAAUUAAUCGAGGCCAAAGAAUACGUGACCGCCGGAAGAUUUUCUACUAUACUAUUUAACAUGUUUAAUGUAGAAGCAGCGAUGGAUAUAAACUUUAAUAAUAUCAACCAAGAGAGUCCUUAUCCGGCUCUAUACCGAUUGGCGUUAAAAGUUAACAAAUACGUUAAACCAACUUUGAAAGAAGUGGAUCAGAAUUUAGAUUGGAGUUUUAUUUCCGAUGAUGUCUUCGAAAGUUUAAGCGAAAGCUUCCUUGUACCUUCUAGCAAAUACUUAGAAACACUGUUAAAUCAUACGAAUCUUCGGAUCGUUGUUUAUAAUGGAAAUCUUGAUGUGGUUACACCUCUUGCUGGAGCAACGAAUUGGGUUCACGCACUAAAAUGGCGCGGCUCAAGAGAACUAAUGAACGCUACGAGAAUUCCUAUUAAAGGACAUCGGAAUGGUUUCUAUAAAACUGCGAGACAACUAAGUCUUUGGUCUGUCUUUGGUUCCGGACACUGGGUACCAGAAGAGAAUCCUGAGGCAAUGGAAGAAAUACUCAAAUAUUUGAUGUCCGCUGAAUACAGAUAAUCAAAGCUAUUUAUUUUGAUAUUAUUUUUUUUUCUGUUACAAUGCUCUACCUAAUUUGAUUCGUAUAUUUGUGUCAAAUUAUCAUUUAUAUGUAUAAUAAAUAAAACGAGUUAAUAAAUUAAAAGGUAUAAUUUUUUCAUAAUUA